AUGAAGACAACGAUGGCUUUCCUGUUCGUUCUUUUUGCCAGCUUUGUCGGUGCAGCACCCCCCGUCCAGGGUCAGUCACCAGUGUCGCCUUACCCAAACGUGGUGCAAAAGACGGUUACAUAUCGAGGUUAUCAAGACAUGUUGGUCCGUGUAUCAAAAAUGGCUCCUCAGGAACGGGGACCAACACCGUCCUGGCUUGUGACGUCGGCUCCCAAUGAAAUGAUUGUCCAAUGUGACCGUCGCUAUGAAUGUCCUUCGGAUGGGACAUUCUGCUUUUUCAACUUAAUCACUACUGAAGUUGGACAUAUGAAGCAUGUCGACGGGCUAGCAUACUGCCGUGGCGACGUGAAAGAGUUUUGA